UGAGAGUAGGCUGUUAUGUCUCACGGAGCGAGGAGUGUGAGUUAAUGUUCUGUAAAAGAAUAAAGUUCACUCCCGAGUUCGACACCCCGCGUUAGACUCCAGUUCUUCGCCGCUUCGAUACAUCCAAAAGUUAGCUGUAUCGAUAUAACAUGCAAGUCAUACCGUUCAUAUCCGCAGGGUGGCGAUAGUUCACUCGCAGUGUCUGCAUCCGCCGUUGAAAGACAAAGAGAAGAAGACGUCGUUGCGACAGAAGUAAACAAUUGACGGCAGCUGUGAACCGUUUCCACAGUGGACGUCGCGAACAUCAACAUCGGUUCCCGCAGUAGUUGGACGUACCUGGGACCUGUCCCUGUGAGCCGUUGGCCAUGAUAGCUGUGGCCAUGAGUGCAACAUGCCCAGGCUUGUACUGUGGCAGGAUCCUAUUCAAUGGCUCCGUGGAAAGGGACUGUGGCGUCUGUCCCCGUGGGGAGCGGGCCAACCACCAGAAGGUGUGUGAACGCUGCACCGAGUUCCCGGAGCGUUAUGAUUGGCUCUACCUGGGCUUUAUGGCCAUGCUACCUCUUGUCUUGCACUGGUUCUUCAUUGAGUGGUACUCGGGAAAGAAAAGUUCCAGUGCCGUCCUUCAACACAUCACAGCCAUGUUGGAGUGCAGCGUGUCCGCCGUGGUCACGCUGCUGCUCACGGAGCCCGUUGGGAUGCUGACUAUCCACUCCUGCAGAGUCCAGAUGCUGUCAGAUUGGUACACCAUGCUUUAUAAUCCCAGUCCAGACUACAUCAACACGCUACACUGCACCCAGGAGGCCGUCUAUCCACUAUACACGAUCGUGCUCAUCUAUUACGCCUUCUGCUUGGUGCUGAUGAUGCUGCUGCGCCCUCUGCUGGUUAAAAAGAUAGCAUGCGGUCUGGGCAAGUCGGACAGGUUCAAGAGCAUCUAUGCGGCGCUGUACUUCUUCCCCAUCCUCACGGUGCUCCAGGCUGUUGGUGGGGGACUCCUGUAUUAUGCGUUUCCCUACAUCAUACUGGUCCUGUCUCUGGUCACCCUGGCUGUGUACAUGUCAGCCUCUGAAAUCCAGUCCUUUAAGAACCUGGUGGCCAAGAAGAAACGCCUCGUCGUCCUGUUCAGCCACUGGUUGCUCCAUGCCUACGGCAUCAUCUCCAUCUCGCGUCUGGACAAGCUGGAGCAGGACCUGCCCCUGCUGGCCCUGGUUCCCGGGCCGGCCUUGUUCUACAUCGCUACAGCCAAAUUCACAGAACCAAGCCGGAUCCUGUCAGAGGGCGGCAAUGGACACUGACCUUCCAGAUGGCAUUGAACUAUACGCGACCGCAUGCGUGUUAAACCCUGUCUUAGUCCGCCUGUAGUAUUGGUACUGUGGUCCACAGUUGUAAGAAUGUACUUCAGGAGUGUAGUUAUGAUGUUUUUGCAGUUCAUGUAUUUAUUAGAGCAUGAACUAGCAGUUUUUUCAUAUUUUUAAGACACUGAAUUUAUGUUUUUUAUGAGCUAGUACCCAUUAACUGUUAACAGAAAAUGUUACCUCAUGAAUAACCAUGCAAGUCCAACUGUGUUCUUAAUGUAUUAUCACAAAACGUCCCGGUUAGCAUCCUAUUAACGUGCUAAUACAGGAAGUCAACUCGCAGCAAAGCACGAAGACGUUGUCUGUGUUGUACUCGCUAAAAUAGUCACCGACAAAUUAGUGGGAAUUUAGUUGGCGGGAAUCGAACUCACAUUUUUAUUCCUCUCUUGUGUGCAGCCCUAAUUCUUCCAAAUGAUGUAUUUGCUGUGUAAAUGCAGCACAGCAUUGAACAACUGAUGCUGCUCAGACACCCUCAUGAAUGACAGGGCAUGCCCAUAUUUGGAUGGCUAUGGACACAAAUGAUGUAUAGAAUGUAAAUAUUUGUAUAUAUUCUACUUGACUGUGAUGGUUAUAAGUACAGUUUAUAUGAACGCUGGUGUGGAUUGAUCAAGUUUAAAAAUCUGGACGCUUGGAAUGAACAAAAAAUGGACAGUAAGCCCACGAGCCGUACGUAUUUCCUGGGAUCGAUGUUACAUUAAGGACCGCUUUAUUGUACAGUACACCUGUUGGUAAGUGUUCUUCUUUUGUAUUUAACCUAUUGUGUGAUUAUGUCACAAAUAAGUACAUUAAGAUGCAAUUGAACAAGACUGAGUUUAUGCUACCAAUACCCCCCUCCCCCCAUGAUAUACUUCACCCUCAAGUACAUGAUAUACUUCACCCUCAAGUACACACCAUACUUCCCCCUCAAAUACACUUCCCCCUCAAGUACACACCAUACUUCCCCCUCAAAUAUACUUCACCCUCAAGUCCACAAUAUACUUCCCCCUCAAAUACACGAUAUACUUCCCCCUCAAACACAUGAUAUACUUCGCCCUCAAGUACACACCAUACUUCGCCCUCAAGUACACACCAUACUUCCCCCUCAAGUACACGAUAUACUUCCCCCUCAAGUACACACCAUACUUCCCCCUCAAGUACACGAUAUACUUCCCCCUCAAGUACACGAUAUACUUCCCCCUCAAGUACACAAUAUACUUCCCCCUCAAAUACACGAUAUACUUCACCCUCAAGUACACACCAUACUUCACCCUCAAGUACACACCAUACUUCACCCUCAAGUACACGAUAUACUUCACCCUCAAGUACACGAUAUACUUCCCCCUCAAGUACGCACUAUACGUCCCCCUCAAGUACACGAUAUACUUCCUGGAGACAUGGCAUGAGAUUGAUUGCAGUGAUCUUAAUGAGUUUUCCAAACAUGGUGUUGAUGGUAAUAUCCAACAUUCAAACCUUACGUAUCAAAAUGUUUUAGCUUAUUAAAAAAUUGAUCAGCAAAGACGACGAUGAUGUUU